GUAGCUGCAGGAGUCUCUCAGACACAGAUGGGUGUUUCGUAUCGUUAGUUUCUUUUCUUGUUUAUUCUUCAUUAGAUCCACAGUAUGGAAUAUAAUGAGCACGGUUUAACUCUGGACUGCUUAAUAAGCAUAUUUUCAUUGCUCACCGAAGAUGAUUUAAUGAGAGUGUCGUGUGUUUGUAAGGAAUGGCACGAAGCUGCAGAAACACAGUGGUUAUGGAGAGAGAUGUGUCUGCGUCGCUGGGGUUUCUGUAACGUGGCCCGGCUCUCAUCAGACGCUGAGUCUUACACAUGGAAGCGUUAUUAUCUGCAUCGCUCUACACUGGAGCUGAGCAUGAAGUCCGGGAGAUCAGGAGGAGAUUACAGCUGUAAGAGCCUGAGAGGACACACAGGUCGGAUCGUCGGCUUCUCAUACCUGAAGGGAAACAACGCUUUUCAGGACAUGUGGAACUUCACGCCGGUCGUCUGCAGCGCCUCCACUGACGGAUCCCUCAAAGCCUGGGACAUUCACAAGGGUGUUGCUCUGUGGUCCAGCUCCACUCAGAACCCGCUGACCUGUAUCAUCACAGACCCAGAGCAGGACGUUGCCAUUACGUCGGACAGCAGCGGGACCAUUAACACGUGGCAGGGAGGAACGGGGGCGCUGCUGAGCUCCUUCUGCACCGGCUCGUCUCGCUGCACGCUCGGGACUUUCAGCGCCAGCGGGAACUCUUUCAUCAUGGUGGGAACAACUCUGGGCUCCUUCCUGGUCCUGACGUCACCACAGCUGACCCAAACAUCGCGCCACGUUGUGUGUGACUCCUUCAGCCUGAACGUUCUCCUCGUGUCUCCUGAUAAGAAGUGGAUUCUCGCCGCGUCCAAGGACAACUCAGAUUUAAGCCCAAAGGUUUUCAGCAGUCAGAGUGUGUGUUGUCCAGAGGAAGACGCUGAAGUGGUGUGUGUGAGUUUACCGGUCAGUGGCUGCGCAGCUGCAGCGUUUUUUCCCUCUCAGUCUGCGCGGGUCGCCGUCGUUCACAACACAUCACACAGCCACAGAACCCUCUCUGUAUUCCAGCUCAGCAUGAAGAAGUCCAGAUACAAGCAGGAGGCUCAGGUCCAGCAGGUUGAAUCUUUCCAGCUGGAUUUAAACGCUCUGCACUCGGACCUGGUUCUCCAGGCUAAAGGGAGCAGCAUGGUUCUGCUUACAGAUGGAACCGAGCUGAAGGUCUACACGGUUAAAGGCCAGCUGAUCUCCAGCUUUAAGGAGCAUCUGCAGCCUAUAACGUCUGUGUGUGUGGAUGAUUUCCGGGUGGUUACGGCGUCACGUGACUUGUCUUUGCGAGUGCUGACCUGGAGGAGGGACAGAGAUAAAGCGGUAACUCUGGAGAGUCAGUAUCACCUGCUGGGCGGCUCACACACCAUGUCCAGAGGAUUCACAGCGGUGGCGUGUGAUUACGGCAGCAUCGUCGCGUCCGUGGAAGGCGUUAACGGGAAGGACGUCCUGAAGGCCUACAUCUUUAAUGCAUGAACAUGGACCUUUAAUAAAGGAGCAUUUCCACACACACACACACUGUAUUAAAUACCUGCCAUAGCACUGCGGCAGCUUGUGCGUGUUUAUUGGUGUGUUUUAAACUGUUUUAAUAUUAUUCUUUUAUUUUAAUCUCUUACAAUUCUUAUUUUUACUUCUCCAACAACUUGCCUUAUUUCAGCAAUUUAUUUAUUUGUAGAUAUGCAGCAUACUGUCUUUAGGGUCUCUUGAAUGAUAAUAACAAUAAACAGUGCUUUAAAGCAGCUUCACAGAAAUCCAGAUGCAGAUUUCGGUUCCUAAUGAACCAGCCAGAGGUUGCAAAAACUCCUGAGACGAGGUGAAGAAGGAAGCUUGACAGGAACCGGACUCAGAAUGGAUGCUGUACUCUUCUGGACGAGAGUGGAUAGUGUGAUUAUAAAUCAUUAUUGUUUACAGUCAUGUGGUGAAAAGCAUCACUAUGAUUACAGCAGAGUCAGUGUGGUCACUGUGUUCAUGACCACGUGGUUUGGAAUAGCUGCAUUAUUUUCCUGAGCUUUAUCUCCUCUAUCAGCCUUCUAAAUUACUGCUGUAAUGUUUUACACCCACCAGGUAUAACAUUAUGACCCCCUGCCUAACAUUAUGUUAUAUUAUUAUAUAUUAUGAGCUAACAGGAAGUCUGUAGCAACUCGUGUAAUCACUCUGUAUAACCGUGGUGAGCAGAAAAGCAUCUCAGAAACACACAACACAUCAAACAUUGUGUGUGUAAACUCUAGAGACUAUUGUGUGUGAAAAUCCUAGCAGGAGAUCAGAAAAACUCAAACCAACACAUCUGAUACCAACAAUCAUUACACAGCCACAGUUAGACUCACAGAAAUCAGACUUUUUCUUCAUUAUGAUGUUUAAUGUGUACAUUCAUUGAUGCUAUUAAUAUA